UGGAAACACGUUUUUGGGAAGCCUUCCAAGUAUACUGAGUGCUAUAGCAUCUCAGCCUUAGGUUUGAGAUCUUGAGGCCGAUAUAGAACAAUGGGAAGCGAAGAGGACCCGGUGAAGAAGACUCAGGUGGUGAAUGCCCGGGCUCAAAACAUUAGUCACAAUGUUCGGUGCACUGAGUGUGGAAGCCAGUCCAUUGAAGAUUCACAAGCAGAUAUUGCCAUCUUGCUUAGAAAGUUAAUUCGUGAUGAGAUUCAUGCUGGGAAGAGUGACAAAGAGAUUUAUAAGAAGCUUGAAGAGGAUUUUGGGGAGACGGUACUUUAUGCCCCAAAGUUUGAUAUGCAGACUGCAGCCUUGUGGCUAUCACCGCUUCUGGUUGCUGGUGCUGCUGCAGGAAUUUGGGCUUAUAAAAAGCACAGGCAAAAGACUAAUGUCCACAUCAUGGCGCUGAACCUUGUUAGAGGUGUUCCAUUAACCCCAAAUGAGAAGCAAACCAUGUUAGACCUCCUCACACCGCCGCCUUCACGAGGAAAUAUUCCUUCCUCGUGGUGGAGGAGGUGGAGAGAACAAUGAUGUGCCUUCAGGCCUUCUUUUCAAUCUUUUGCUUUGAACUAUAGGGUUGAAACUAUGGAACUAUGGCUGAAUAGCAGUCUCCGGAGAUGUAAAUCAACUUGUUAAUUGGUCUAUUUUAUAAGUAAACUCAUUCAUGAUAAAGAAUUCAGACUUUUGUCGUA